AUGGCCUUGAAAAGGAGACGGACGACUUCUCCUUCUAGCAGUGUGAGUGCUGGAGAUUUUGACGAUAACCAAACUUCAUCCUUAGUGUCUUCAAUUGGGAGAAAGAGGAGAAGGACCUCAAACAUGCCAACUGUGGAUCCUAUCGCCGUCUGUCACGAACUGUACAACACAAUCAGAGAUUAUAAAGACGACCACGGCAGGAUGCUGUGCGAGCUGUUCAUCAGAGCGCCGAAGAGAAGGAAUCAGCCCGACUACUACCACGUGGUGUCACAGCCUAUUGACAUGAUGAAAAUACAGCAGAAGUUGAAGAUGGAGGAGUACGACGAUGUGGUGCAACUGACCAGUGACUUCCAGCUGUUGUUCAACAACGCCAAAACAUACUACAAGUCUGACAGUCCAGAGUACAGGGCCGCCUGUAAACUGUGGGACCUGUACCUGAGAACCAGGAAUGAGUUUGUUCAGAGAGGGGAAGAUGAUGAUGAUGAAGAGGAGGAUGGUUAUGAUGCACAAGACAAUCCUGGAGGAACGAACGAAGAUGAGAACACUCCCACCAGUUUGAAGGAGGUCCUUGAGCAGCUGCUGGAUGCUGUGGUGUCCUACACCGAACCCACCGGUCACCUGGUGAGCGAGCUGUUCCAGAAGCUUCCGUCCAAAAUGCAAUACCCAGACUACUACGCCAUCACCAAGGAACCCAUUGACCUGAAAAUCAUCGCUCAGAAGAUUCAGCUGGGUCAGUACAGAAGUGUCGGUGCGAUGGCCAAAGACAUCGAGUUACUCGUCAAAAAUGCCAAAACCUAUAAUGAGCCUGGAUCACAGGUGUUCAAGGAUGCCAACACCAUCAAAAAGAUCUUCAUGCAGAAGAAGUCUGAGAUAGAACACGGAGAACCCAUCAAGUCCAGCAUUCGAAUCAGAAAUAGAAGGUCAGCUCAGGGAGACCGCCUCUCAGCGAUCACCAUGGCUCUCCAGUACGAAAGUGACGAGGAAGGAAUCCUCUCAGGGUCUGUUCACUACUACGAAGGUGAAUCGGAGGCCGAGAGCUUCACCUCCAACAUGGACAUGAACAACCCCGUCUUCCAGCUGUACGAAGCCGUGCGGGGGGCCAGGAACGGUCAGGGGCAGCAGAUCUCUGAGCCCUUCUUACAGCUGCCCUCCAGGAAGGACUACCCCGACUACUACCAGCAGAUUAGCCAGCCCAUCUGCCUCCUCCAGAUCAAGAACAAGAUGAAGAACAAUGAGUACGAGAGCGUGGAGCAGAUGGAUUCAGACCUGACGCUCAUGCUGGAGAAUUCCAAACGCUACAACGUUCCCCACUCCUCCAUCUACAAGCGAGCGCUGAAGCUCCAACACAUUCAGCAGAUGAAGAGGAAGGAGCUUCUGCAGAGAGACGACGACGACGGCGACAGCAUGCUGUCCUCAGCCACGUCUGACACCAGCAGCACCAAAAGGAAAAGUCACAAGAAGAACACGAAGAAAAACCGGAUGAAGACGCUCCUGGCUGCAGUGACGGAGGCGCGGCAGGCCGGCACCGGGCGGAGACUCUGUGACCUGUUCAUGGUCAAACCUUCAAAGAAGGACUACCCCGACUACUACAAGGUCAUCCUGGAGCCCAUGGACCUGAGGACCAUCGAGGUAAACAUUCGCUCGGACAAGUACAUGACCGAGGACACCAUGAUAGAAGAUAUGAAGCUGAUGUUCCGAAAUGCCCGGCACUACAACGAGGAAGGCUCUCAGGUCAACAACGACGCCGAUGUCUUAGAGAAGAUCAUGGAAGACAGACGCAGAGAUCUCGGCCCGGUGACUGAUGAUGACGACAUUAUGUCUCCCAAGUUGAAAAUAAGGAAGAACAGUAUUACUCUGAAGAAGUCCAAGUAUUUAACGCCGUUACAACAGAAGCUGCAUGAACUUUAUGAGGCCGUGAAGAACUACACAGACAAACGAGGCCGCCGCCUCAGCACCAUCUUCCUGCGGUUGCCGUCCCGUGCCGAGCUGCCUGACUAUUACCUGGCCAUCAAGAAACCCGUGGACAUGGAGAAGAUCAAGAGCCACAUGUUGGCCAACAAGUACCAGGAUGUGGACGCUCUGGUGGAGGACUUCGUCCUCAUGUUCAACAACGCCUGCACGUACAACGAACCGGAGUCUCUGAUCUACCGCGACGCCCUGGUGCUGCACCGGGUGCUGUUAGAGACCCGGCGUGACCUGGAGGGCGGCGACGACGCCCACGUUCCCGACGUGCCCCGCCUCAUCCAGGAACUGAUCCGCAGCCUGUUCGUGUCGGUACUCGGACACCAAGACGACGAAGGCCGAUGCUACAGCGACUCGCUGGCCGAGAUUCCUGCGGCAGAUCCCGCAAAUCCAGAAAAGCCGCAGCUGAACUUUGAGAUAAUCAGGAAAAACGUGGACCAGGGACAUUACAAGAGGCUGGACGUGUUUCAGGAUCACAUGUUCGAAAUGCUGGAGAAGGCCCGGCGUCUGAACAGGACCGACUCUGAGAUAUUCGAAGACGCGGUGGAGCUGCAGCACUUCUUGAUACGGAUCAGGGACGAGCUGUGUAAGAACGGAGAGAUCCUGAUGUCUCCGGCUCUCAGCUAUUCCUCCAAACACCUGCACAGUGAUGUGGAGAAGGAGAAGAAGGAGAAGCUCCCCAAGGAGUUUGAGGAGGACAAGGUCAAGAGGGAAGAGGAGAAAAAGGAGGCCGAGAAGAGCGAGGGCUCUGGCGGGGGGGCGUGGCAGUCCAACCUGCAUCGCACCUACAGCCAGGACUGCAGCUUCAAGGACAGCAGGUACCACGUUGGAGACUACGUGUACGUGGAGCCCGCGGAGCCGCACCUCCAGCCACACAUUAUCUACAUCGAACGCCUUUGGGAAGACGACACUGGGGAGAAGUGGUUGUACGGCUGCUGGUUCUACAGACCAAAUGAAACGUUCCACCUGGCUACCAGAAAGUUCUUGGAGAAGGAAGUCUUUAAGAGCGACUACUACAACAAAGCUCCCGUCAGCAAAAUCCUGGGGAAAUGUGUGGUCAUGUUUGUGAAGGAAUACUUCAAACUUCACCCAGAAGGCUUCAGACCAGAGGACGUCUACGUUUGCGAAUCGCGCUACUCUGCCAAGUCCAAGUCCUUCAAGAAGAUCAAACUGUGGGCCAUGCCCCUGAGCUCGGUCCGCUUCGUGCCCAGAGACGUUCCGCUGCCCGUGGUCCGAGUGGCGUCCAUGUUUGCCCCCAAACAAGAAGAAAAAUCCCCGGAGAUAGAGGAGGACAGCAAAAUGAUAGACGCUCUAGUGGACAAGGAGAGGGAGGACGUCACCAUCGAAGUGGCCAAUGGGGAGCCAGGAUGUCAGUACUUUGAGCAGCUCUACUACAACAACCACUGGCUCAAAGUUGGAGACUGCGUUUACAUUGGCUCUCAUGGUUUAGUGCGCCAUCGUGUGGGCAGGAUUGAAAAAAUGUGGAUGCGGGACGGCGCCGGCUACUUCUUCGGUCCCAUUUUCAUCCAUCCUGAAGAAACAGAGCACGAGCCAACAAAAAUGUUUUACAAGAAGGAAGUGUUCCUCAGCAACCUGGAGGAGACCUGUCCCAUGACCUGCAUCAUAGGAAAAUGUGUCGUGUCGUCCUUCAAGGACUACUUGUCGUGCCGUCCCACCGAAGUCCCCGAAGAGAACGUCCUGCUGUGCGAGAGUCGCUACAUCGACAGUGAGAAGCAGAUGAAGAAAUUCAAGGGGCUGAAGCGCUUUUCAGUCUCAGCAAAAGUCGUGGAGGAUGAAGUUUAUUAUUUCAGGAAGCUCAUCGUGCCACAGAAGGAGCCGUCGCCUCUGCUGGACCGGAAAAUUGAGGAACUGGAGGCAAAGUUUGCCGAUAUGACAGAUGAGGAGUUGGAGGACCUCGGGGACGACGACGGUGAGCUCGGGGACCACUCCAUCCCUCAGAUGCAGUCUUCCCUCUCCAGUGACAUGGACAUCAUGCCGUACACUCCCCCACAGUCCACACCAAAAUCCAUUAAAGGUCUCUCAAAGAAGGAAGGCUCAAAACGGAAGAUCAACAUGAGCGGCUACAUCCUGUUCAGCAGCGAGAUGCGAGCAGUCAUCAAAGCCCAGCACCCGGACUUCUCCUUCGGGGACCUGAGCCGCCUGGUUGGCACAGAGUGGAGGAACCUGGAGAGUUCCAGGAAAGCAGAAUAUGAAGAACGAGCAGCUAAAGUGGCCGAGCAGCAGGACCGUGACAGGACCCAUCAUCAGAUGUCCCCAAGAGCAGGUACCCCAGUAGGGGCACUGAUGGGGGUGGUGCCUCCCCCAACCCCCAUGGGAAUUCUAAAUUCCAGCAUGACACCUGUGUCAGAAGGUAUGAUGGGUGUAUAUAGGUCAGCUAUGGGCCCCCUGCUGGGUCACGAAGGCAUGGUUAGUAUGACUGGCAUACCGCCUCAUCAUAUGGGGGGGCCCGUCUUCCCCCCCCAUCUCCUUCCAGUUAUGCCUGGGUUCCUUGGAAUGCCACACUUUGGUGUCAGCAGGGAGGGAGGACCUGGAUCAGGACACAUUCAUGGAUCCCAGAUUGCCCCAGGGCAGCAGGCUCCACCUCCGUACCCAGGACAGGGGCUGAUGGGACAACCUGCCCUCCAGCAACCGUCCACCCCGAUGUUCGUGUCUCCACCAGCCAAGACACAACGGCUGCUUCAUUCUGAGGCGUACCUCAGAUACAUAGAGGGCCUGACUGCAGAGUCGUCCACCAUCAGCAAGUGGGACCAAGCGUUGUCAGCUCAAAAGCAAGAUGUUCGUCUGACAAAAGAACAAGAGAGCAAGCUACCAUCUCAUUGGCUGAAGAGCAAAGGCGCCCACAAGACCAUGGCAGACGCCCUGUGGCGACUGCGAGACCUGAUGCUCCGAGACACCCUGAACAUCCGCCAAACGCACCACCUGUAG